AUGCGACCAACCCCUCUACCCCCAAUCUACAGGGGCAAGCUAAUGUUCUUCGACGAAGUCCUCUGGGACAAAGCCGACGAACUCCUAGCAUCAUGGAAAAGCAAACUCUUCAACCAAGCCGCCAUAAAAGAGAUGACAGCUCUAAUCCAGCAUCACCGCGAAGGCAUCGCAGACCGGCUCUUCCCACCGCGAAAGGGCUCGUUCAAUAUGGUGAUCCGCCUCCGCUUCCUAGACGGCGCAUCUACAAUUAUCCGCCUCCCAAUACCAGGAUACUCAAUCUUCCCCGAAGAAAAAGUCCAGCGCGAAGUCUCAGUCAUGCGCUUUCUCGAGCGGCACACUGACAUCCGUGUCCCGCAUAUAUUGCAUUAUGGCAUGGCCGAGCAUAGUCCCGCCCGACUAGGCCCGUUCAUUAUUAUAGAGUACAUUGACAAUGACGCCGAUUUGGUUGACGCGCUGAAUACUCCCGGAAUCCCCAUCGAAGAACGCCCAAUUCUUGAUCCGGAUAUUGCACCUGCUAGGAUUAGAUCUGUGUACAGUGAUAUGGCAGGGUUGAUAUUACAAAUUUCAAAGUGUUCAUUCAAUGCCACCGGAUGCAUUUCCAAUAAUGAAAACGAUGAACUCGAUAACGAGUGGGUUGUCAAACAUAGAACGCUCAGCAUCAACAUGAACGAACUCGUUCAGCAGAAACACGAUGCUAUCGACUAUGCAGAGGACUGUCGAACGAAGUACAUUGCACGUUGUCUAUUUCGGAAGCUAGCACGGGAGAAACGACUCUGUCGCUUUGAGUAUGGUCCCUUUAAGCUAUAUUGUGAUGAUCUCCGGCCUGCAAAUAUCCUCGCCAAUUCCGACUUUGACUACAAGAUCUGUGGUGCGAUUGAUUGGGAAUUUUCAUAUGCCGCACCUGCGGACUUUGUCUAUGCCCCACCGUGCUGGUUACUCCUUGAACGGCCAGAGUACUGGGAACGGGGGUUGGAUGAUUGGACGAGGGCUUAUGAGCAGCGUCUGGAGGUCUGGCUAGAGGAGAUGGUCGUGCGGGAAGAUGCUGAGAUUGCGCGUGGUGUGAUUGGAGAGGAGAAUCGCCUAUCCGGGUUUAUGCGGGAGAGUUGGGAGAAUGGCGAUUUUUGGAAUGAAAGCCUCAGCCAGUCAUCCAGCGGACUAAACCCUGGAAGCGGAAAUGACAAUUUUUAG